GAGAAGAGAGGUGCGUGCUGGUGGCCGGUUAAAGAUACAAAACUGUUUCGAUACAGAAGGGUUCUCCCCGUCAGCAGACACGCUGCGGCAGCUGACCAUCAGUGCAUCAUGUCAACGAUGCACGUAUUCGUGUACGGCACGCUGAAGAGAGGCCAGCCGAACCACCACUGGAUGACGUCAGAGCGGCCUGAGCACGGCCGCGCGUCGCUUGUGGGGGUGGCGCGGACAGUGCGACCGUUCCCGCUGGUGGUGGCCGGUCCGUGGAACAUCCCAUACUGCGUGGACCGGCCCGGAGAGGGGCACAACAUCACAGGCGAGGUGUACCGGAUCGACGCGGAGAAACUGCGCCACCUCGACGUGCUCGAAACGUAUCCGACGCACUACAACAGGAGGUUGGAGGAGGUUACGCUACUGGAUGCGCCAGAUGCCACCCCUCUGAGCGCAUGGGUUUAUUUGUGGGAAAAGUACACAGAGGAUCACCUGCAGCUGCCUUUCCUGGAGAAUUACGCAAAUGACGCGGCUUCCGAGCGGCGGUACGUGCCGAAAGACCAACGAACGCUGCAGACUACCUGCUAGCAAAGUGACAAUUUGAUGUUAUGGUAGUGAUAUUAUGAUAGAGUGGUUUUACGACCAGCACAGAAGUAACGGCUUUCCGCUCGUAAUUUACUUCUCGGGUGAUAAGGUGUGGGUUUAUAGAAAUUUAGCGUCGGUGGCAGGGUUAUCUAUCGAGAAACCUGGGUUUGACAGCCAUAGCGCCGUCGGCGUCCCAAAGUUCCAGUGAACCAUCUAUUCCAUGUCCGUUGAAC